AUGGAUAAGAGUUCGAUAAAUAUUCCCAUCUCGGCUCCCCUCGAUGAAAAUCUUCAUCUCAACAGCUCAUCGCGGUCCACUGCGUGUCCGCCCUCGACACUUCGUUGGAGCUUCGCUCUUCGUUCGCUGCGCUCACUCAUUCACAAACCUCCACGUGUCUCCGGGUCCGUCGCCGCUGGGCUAGGACUUGCCCGAGAAGAGCCGGACACGUCAUUCUUGGCAUACUUAUAUUCUAACAGGCCGAGCACAUCGUAUCAAGCUUGGUAG